UUUUGUUUUUGUUUUGGAAGUGCCCUCCGUUAAUUUGGAUGGAUCUAAACCUGCCCCCAUUCAAGACCCCUCCACCCGCUCCUUCUGAUCCUGCCAUUGGCUCUUCUUGACUUUAAUUAGUAUCUAGGAAAGUCUCAACUUUGGACCUACCUCCUUUUUUGAUACUUAUUUUUGUACUUUUGCUCUCUGGGAUUGGUUUCUUACACAAAUUGGAUCCUUUUUAAUAUGUCAAAAUGAGUCUGCUGUUUACACAACUACUGCUCUGUGGAUUUAUCUAUGGUCGGGUGGAUGGAUCUCGUCUUCGCCAGGAAGAUUUCCCGCCACGGAUUGUGGAGCACCCAUCUGAUGUCAUUGUCUCUAAGGGAGAGCCCACCACUCUGAACUGUAAGGCCGAGGGCCGGCCAACACCCACCAUCGAAUGGUACAAGGAUGGUGAGCGGGUGGAGACCGACAAGGAUGACCCCCGGUCCCACAGGAUGCUGCUGCCCAGUGGGUCCCUGUUCUUCCUGCGCAUUGUUCAUGGACGCCGAAGUAAACCGGACGAGGGGAGCUACGUUUGCGUUGCCAGGAACUAUCUUGGAGAAGCUGUGAGCCGAAAUGCGUCUCUGGAAGUGGCAUUGUUGCGAGAUGACUUUCGGCAAAACCCCACAGAUGUUGUCGUGGCAGCUGGAGAGCCUGCAAUCUUGGAGUGCCAGCCUCCCAGGGGACAUCCAGAACCCACCAUCUACUGGAAAAAAGACAAAGUUCGAAUCGAUGACAAGGAAGAAAGAAUAAGUAUUCGUGGUGGCAAAUUGAUGAUCUCCAAUACCAGGAAGAGUGAUGCAGGCAUGUAUACCUGUGUCGGGACCAAUAUGGUAGGCGAAAGAGACAGUGACCCAGCAGAACUGACUGUCUUUGAACGACCCACAUUUCUCAGGAGGCCAAUUAACCAGGUGGUAUUGGAGGAAGAAGCUGUAGAAUUUCGGUGCCAAGUUCAAGGAGAUCCUCAACCAGCUGUGAGGUGGAAAAAAGAUGAUGCAGACUUGCCAAGAGGAAGGUAUGACAUCAAAGAUGACUACACUCUGAGAAUUAAGAAGGCCCUGAGUACAGAUGAAGGAACCUAUAUGUGCAUUGCUGAGAAUCGGGUAGGAAAAGUGGAAGCCUCUGCUACCCUCACAGUCCGAGCUCGCCCUGUUGCUCCUCCACAGUUUGUGGUUAGGCCAAGAGAUCAGAUUGUUGCUCAAGGUCGAACAGUGACAUUUCCCUGUGAAACUAAAGGAAACCCACAGCCAGCUGUUUUUUGGCAGAAAGAAGGCAGCCAGAACCUACUUUUUCCAAACCAGCCCCAGCAGCCCAAUAGUAGAUGUUCGGUGUCGCCAACAGGAGAUCUCACCAUUACCAACAUCCAGCGCUCGGACGCGGGGUACUACAUCUGUCAGGCCCUAACUGUGGCUGGGAGCAUUUUAGCAAAAGCUCAACUGGAGGUUACUGAUGUUCUGACAGAUAGACCUCCACCUAUAAUCCUUCAAGGCCCAGUAAACCAGUCUCUAGGAGUCGAUGGUACAGCCUUACUGAAAUGUAAAGCCACUGGUGAUCCUCUUCCUGUAAUUAGUUGGUUAAAGGAAGGAUUUACUUUUCUGGGUAGAGAUCCAAGAGCAUCCAUCCAAGAGCAAGGAACACUGCAGAUUAAGAAUUUACGGAUUUCUGAUACUGGCACUUACACUUGUGUGGCUACAAGUUCAAGUGGAGAAACCUCCUGGAGUGCAGUGUUGGAUGUGACAGAAUCUGGAGCAACAAUCAGUAGAAGUUAUGAUUUAAAUGACCUGCCAGGUCCACCAUCUAAACCACAAGUCACAGAUGUGACUAAGAACAGUGUCACCUUGGCGUGGCAAGCAGGUACCCCCGGAGCUCUUCCUGCAAGUGCAUAUAUCAUUGAGGCUUUCAGCCAAUCAGUGAGCAACAGCUGGCAGACAGUGGCCAACCAUGUAAAGACUACCUUAUAUACUGUGAGAGGACUACGGCCCAAUACCAUCUAUUUGUUCAUGGUCAGAGCAAUCAACUCCCAAGGUCUCAGUGACCCAAGCCCAAUGUCAGAUCCUGUGCGCACGCAAGAUAUCAGCCCACCGGCGCAAGGAGUGGAUCACAGACAAGUACAGAAGGAACUGGGGGAUGUCAUUGUUCGUCUUCACACUCCCGUGGUCCUGACCCCCACGAAUGUCCAAGUCACCUGGACUGUGGAUCGUCAGCCUCAGUUUAUUCAAGGAUACCGAGUGAUGUAUCGUCAGACUUCAGGCCUGCAAGCUACAACUUCAUGGCAGAAUUUAGAUGCCAAAGUCCCUACUGAACGGAGUGCUGUUUUAGUCAAUCUCAAAAAGGGUGUGACCUAUGAAAUUAAAGUUCGACCAUAUUUUAAUGAGUUCCAAGGAAUGGAUAGUGAAUCCAAAACAGUUCGAACUACUGAAGAAGCCCCAAGUGCCCCUCCACAAUCUGUCACUGUGCUGACAGUUGGAAGCCAAAAUAGCACAAGCAUUAGUGUUUCCUGGGAUCCUCCUCCUCCAGACCACCAGAAUGGAAUUAUCCAAGAAUACAAGAUCUGGUGUCUGGGAAAUGAAACACGAUUCCAUAUCAACAAAACUGUGGAUGCAGCCAUUCGGUCUGUAAUAAUUGGUGGAUUAUUCCCAGGAAUUCAAUACCGGGUAGAGGUGGCAGCCAGUACAAGUGCUGGGGUUGGAGUAAAAAGUGAACCGCAGCCAAUAAUAAUUGGGGGACGUAAUGAAGUUGUCAUUACUGAGAACAACAACAGCAUAACUGAACAAAUCACUGAUGUCGUAAAGCAACCAGCCUUUAUAGCUGGUAUUGGUGGUGCCUGCUGGGUAAUUUUGAUGGGAUUUAGCAUCUGGUUGUACUGGCGAAGAAAGAAGAGAAAGGGUCUCAGUAAUUAUGCUGUUACAUUUCAAAGAGGGGAUGGAGGACUAAUGAGCAAUGGAAGCCGUCCAGGUCUUCUAAAUUCUGGCGAUCCCAGUUAUCCUUGGCUUGCUGAUUCGUGGCCGGCCACGAGCUUGCCAGUAAACAACAGCAACAGUGGACCCAGUGAAAUCGGGAAUUUUGGGCGAGGAGAUGUACUGCCACCAGUUCCAGGCCAAGGGGAUAAAACAGCAACAAUGCUCUCAGAUGGCGCCAUUUAUAGCAGCAUUGACUUCACUACCAAAACAACGUACAACAGUUCCAGCCAAAUAACACAGGCCACCCCAUAUGCCACGACACAGAUCUUGCAUUCCAAUAGCAUCCAUGAACUGGCUGUUGAUCUGCCUGAUCCACAAUGGAAAAGUUCUGUCCAGCAGAAAACCGAUCUGAUGGGAUUUGGUUAUUCUCUGCCUGAUCAGAACAAAGGUAACAAUGGUGGAAAAGGUGGAAAAAAGAAGAAAAAUAAAAACUCUUCGAAACCACAGAAGAACAAUGGAUCAACCUGGGCCAAUGUUCCUCUACCUCCUCCCCCAGUCCAGCCCCUUCCGGGUACAGAGCUGGAACAUUACACAGCGGAGCAGCAAGAAAAUGGCUAUGACAGCGACAGCUGGUGCCCACCAUUACCAGUGCAAACUUACUUACACCAGGGUAUGGAAGAUGAACUGGAAGAAGAUGAUGACCGAGUCCCAACACCUCCCGUGCGAGGCGUGGCUUCCUCUCCUGCUAUCUCCUUUGGGCAGCAGUCUACAGCUACUCUUACGCCAUCACCACGGGAGGAGAUGCAACCCAUUUUGCAGGCACACCUGGAUGAGCUGACAAGAGCUUAUCAGUUUGAUAUAGCAAAACAAACAUGGCACCUUCAAAGCAAUAAUCAACCUCCACAGCCUCCUGUUCCACCAUUAGGUUACGUGUCCGGAACCUUGAUUUCUGAUUUAGAAACAGAUGUUGCAGAUGAUGAUGCUGAUGAUGAAGAAGAAGCUUUAGAAAUCCCCAGACCCCUGAGAGCCCUAGACCACACUCCUGGAUCCAGUAUGGACAAUCUAGACAGCUCUGUGACAGGUUCAAUGGUAAAUGGAUGGGGCUCUGCAUCUGAUGAGGACCGUAACUUUUCUAGUCAUAGAUCUAGCGUAGGUAGCUCCUCAGAUGGUUCCAUCUUUGCCAGCGGCAGCUUUGCACAAGCACUGGUGGCAGCAGCAGAUAAGGCUGGUUUUAGGCUGGAUGGAACCAGCCUUACAAGAACAGGAAAAGCUUUGACCUCCUCUCAAAGGCCUCGACCCACCAGCCCAUUUUCUACGGACAGUAACACCAGUGCAGCCCUGAAUCAAAGUCAGAGACCUAGGCCCACUAAAAAACACAAGGGAGGGCGGACAGACCAACAGCCAGCAUUGCCUCAUCGAAGGGAAGGAAUGACAGAUGAUCUUCCACCUCCACCAGAUCCCCCACCAGGUCAGGGUUUAAGGCAACAAAUAGGCCCGAACCAGCUCACUGGUAAUGUGGAAAAGUCAACAGAGAGGAAAGGAAGUUCUCUAGAGAGACAACAUGCAUCCAACUUAGAAGACACAAAGAGCUCACUGGAUUGUCCAGCUAAAACCUCCCUAGAGUGGCAGCGACAAACCCAAGAAUGGAUAAACUCCACAGAACGCCAAGAAGAGACACGGAAAGCCUCACACAAACCAGGUGUUGGAUCAGAGGAGGCAUUGGUGCCCUACAGCAAGCCUAGCUUCCCAUCUCCAGGAGGCCACAGUUCAUCUGGAACAUCUUCUUCUAAAGGUUCCACUGGACCCCGAAAACCUGAAGUGUUGAGGGGUGGCCACCAGCGCAACGCCAGCGACAUUCUUGACAUAGGAUAUAUGGGCUCAAACAGUCAAGGACAGUUUACAGGUGAAUUAUAGUAACUGAGAGGAGACAUUCAAAGCUGCUCUGAAGGACCAUCAGGUCUGAACUCAUGGAAGUGAUGACAGUACACAGUGCAAUGAACAAUUUCUUUUAUUUAUGUACUAAGAGAACUGUAAAUGCAAUGUAAAGAUACACAGCCACACAUAUCCCACAGAUAUUUGACUUGUGUUCUUCUCCUAAGUACACCACCCACCUUAACUCUUUCUUGUCAGGAGUAUAUCAAAAAGAAAGAAAAGAAAACUCGCUCUCCAGGAUGAAAAGGAUUUCCUCUGUAUAUAAUUUCUUUUGUGCAUUGCUAUGCAAGCUCACUCUUUUUAGCUCUGUUCAUAUUAUUGUCUGUUCUUAUUGGUCUCUUGUACUAUAUGUGAAUUAAUAGGCUGUGGUGCCAUAUAUUAACUUUUAAUUGUGUAACUUUUUUGUUAAAAUUUUGCACUGCAAUUUUAUUUGGUGAUAAGCACAAAUCUCUACUCCUCAUGACAUGAAGAAAAGAUUGAAUGUGAAGGGAGUUUCUGUACUGUAACCUAGGUUGGAUGAUGCUGGUGUAACCAAUCAUGUUAGAUGGGUUUUGGUUGGGAUUUAGAAUAGGAAAAUGCCAAGGAAUGAUAGUGUUGGCAAAGUGUGCUUGGAACACCAGGAAAUGAGUCAAGUUGAAAACCAGAAAGAUGGUUAAAAGUUGAUAAAAAUCAGGGGUCAAGAGAAGAAAAUUUAAGUCUUUCAACUAAAUAUGCAUUGAAAUAUGCAGGUAGCAAAUGAUGUACUAAACUUGCUUUUAAAAAAGAUAUUUAAAUUUUAUUUAGAAGCAACUUCACCCGUCAUUGUAAUUGACCCAUCAGACAAUUACAAGCAAAUGGAAAUUAAGGUGUUUCACAAGAGCUGUAUUUAUAUUACAAUUUUUUAAAAGAGCAUUUUCUGAAUUACCAUAAUUAAUCUUUCCAACUCAUUAAGUCAGAAUAUAACAUGAAGUUCCCCCAAGGAAACAAAUAAAAUGAACUCUAGAGCAUCUAGCAAAUAGAUAAAGAAGCAAUUUAUUAUCAGGACAUUCUCGAGCUGCUUUCAAAUACGAACUCUAUUGUAAUGUCUCAUUUCAUCUUUCUAAUACAUGUGCAGUACAUACUGGAUGAUAGAAUGGCAUCACACAAAUUCAAACACUUUUAAAAACAAUGCAGACUAAGUACAGUUCUGCAUUGCCCCCUUGAUUCAGAAGUGAAGUUGGUGCCACUGAAUAGCCAAAUCAUCAAUGUUUAGAAGCAGUGCUCAGAGUAUAUUCAGUUCACAGUAAGUAGAUUAUUAAAGACAAAUAGUACUUUAUGGUACAUCCUCAGAAAUUGGCUACCCAAAUCUGUUUGACCCAUCUUGACUUGAGUAAAUUGAAAAGAAAAAAAAAAGGAGAAAAAUGCAUGUUUAUACACUUUUUAAAUAAAACCAAAUCUUGUAAGUGGA